GCUGUGUGGUUUUAGCACUGUUGUUGUUUACCACUAUUGUUCGUUUUGUUACAUGUUUUGGCAUCAUUGUAAAAUUAUAUUUUGUCUUUCAUUACUUUUGUCUCAUACCCUUUGACCCGACUACCCCUCAUUCACUCUUGCGACUCAGACUGAGUUCAUCUUCAGGGCAUACUGCCAGGAAGCAUGGUUUUCUGUGUGCCCUCAGGGUUUGGCCAUCUGCUAACAGUGCCAACUCCACCCGUGGAGCAGCGGGCAGGUGCCAUGCACACUCACACCUUCAGCCCCUGCACAACAACACUGCCCUCAGCAGGCAACAACAGCCACGCCAACUGUUGAUGACCACAGCCUCCAUUCUCUUAGAGACAGGGAUGAGUCUAAUUUAGUUGUAGGGCUGCUCAUUCCUGACCUCCUCAGGGACUCGGCCCAUGGUCAGCCUGGUGAUUCGUCUUAUUGGCUCAGAGAUGGAAAGGGAUUCCUAUGAUUUGCCGUCACAUGACGCCGUCUCAAAGAUCCUCCUGGAUUAUCUUCACCUCGUCAAAAAUCCUAAAACUCAGACCAGGACAGAAUCUCUACCACAGAAGAAGUCAAACUCUCGGCUCAAACGAACCUUUGACGUGCAUUCACCUAAAAAAAGUUCAUCACUUCCUGAUUUCAAAAAGUAUCCUCAUGCAAGAGAAGUCACUGAACAUCAAACUAAAGACUUGAAAAACUAUCAUGCGGCUAUGCAUAAGAUGGCGGAUGACAUCGUUGGCCUGCGCUCUCAGGUGAGCGGACUGGAGUCUGAGAACCGUCGUCUCCGACACGACCUCUCCCGGCAUCAGGACCUGGGCCAAAGCCUGCUGGACGACACCGACGUGGACAUCAUGACCAAGACCGAGAUUACUGACCGGAUUGCCUCUCUGAAGUUCAAGCUCUCCAGUGAAAGCAGCAAAGCCGCUGCCCAGAAGGACAGAAUCCAACAGCUUCAAAACGAGCUCAUCAGGAAGAACGACAUUGAGAAAGAGUUUGUCCAGCUGCAGAGAGCACAUCAACAGCAGCAAGCGGCACUAAAAAGAUAUCAGGCCCGUGGCAGUAAAAUAACUCUGCUGGAGGAUACAGUUCGCCAACAGGAUAAGGUCAUUGAGAAGAUGGAGAAAAUAUUGGAUGCAAAUCUGAAGGAAAUAAAUAAAGUUCAUUCAGAGAAGAAGAGAACAGCUGUGAAACAGAAAGAUGAAGAGCAGCUCAAGAGUAGAGAGAUCGAGUCUGUGCUGGCGGCAGAAAACUCUCGACUCCGAGCAGAGCUGGACAGGCAGCAUAAUCUACCCCCACCUAUCAUCAUCCAGCCGCCUGUGCAGUCCCAUCAGCCUUUCUCUGACAGCGAGAAGCUGGAGUUAUUGACGCAGCUGGCGAGAGCUGAGGGUCGAAUCCAGACACUGGAACAACAGCUCAAAGAGAACUCCAGACAAUGGGGGAAAGAGAAACAAGACAUGUUGAUCCGACUCAGUGAAUACGAACAUGGAUUCACUCGAACAUCAACCAUGAUUCUUUUCGAUCUGCCCGUGAAAAGUGUGAGUGAUUCUGUAUUGGGACAUACCCGACACAGGCAACUGGAACCUCUGAAGUGAUCACGUCGAAUCAGUGCAUGACAUCUCAAAGACGAUCUAAAGCUCAGAGUCGCAUCCAGUUCAGUCCUGGACAUCAUUUGCAGCUCUGCGUUCUGCUGGCGUUCAGUGGUUUGAUGGUCAGUAUGAUGGGCUUCUCGGGCAGUAAGAUGAGCUCAAACGUGCUCCUGACCUCCACCUGCCUCUGCUUCUCAAACCUGAAGUUCUCCAGCAUCUAUAAAGAUGAAAAAAUGACAAGAAAGAAAGAGAAUCAGCCCAACGUUAUUUAGCCACCUAAGAGGAUAUGUUCCUCGCUUUAGAAAUCCACUUACAUGAAUAAGGAAGAGCUGCAUCUCUGUCUCGGCGAUCCUACGGCCCAAACACUGGCGUGGGCCGAACCCGAAGCUCAGGCUCUUGAAGUAGUGGCUCUGGGAUCUGACCCAGCGAUCGGGACGGUACUGUUCUGGGUGCGGGAAGACCCGAUGAUCACGACCCAUAGCGUACAGACCCAGCUGGACUAAAGUCUGAUCCAGACACAUGAAAACAGUCAUAUUUUGUCCAGUUUGACGUGAACGAAUUCAGUAAUUUCCUUAAAUUCACACUCACCCCGGCUGGAAUGUGGUAAUUUUGCAGGAUGAUGUCUUCAGUGAUGUAUCUUUGUAGACUCACAGCUACAGGAUGUAACCUUCAUAAGAAAUUAUAUGAUUUUAGACACAUGGUAAAACCAAAAUGCUUGUCACGUUUAUUCGUUUCUACACUAAUUUGAACAACAAAAAGUUUUAAUCGAUAAAACCUAAUUGUUGUCAAUAUUGUUGCUUAUGGUAAAACUGACAACAUUGUAAUAUGUGUAAAUAUUGACAAAUAAAUUUCUCACUAAAUAUUGAAAUGGUUUAUAAUUA